CACGCAGCUCUGAUAAGCGGACCUAAACACGUUAAAACGACGGGUGGAUACUUCCACAUGGCCAACGUCUUCUUCAGAAAAGGUCAAACAGAAACGGCUCACAACAUCUACUCAGAAGUUGUCAACAUUUGGAGUGAAAUGUUAAAAAGUGUGGUAAAGUUGGAAGAACCUCAGCCUGAGUCUACUCUGACGAGUUUUGUAGAGAAAUCGGCUGAAGAGGGUGAAAUGUUAGAUGAGGCUCAAGAAGCUGAAGCAAUACAGAUGCUACACGCGAUAUACGAUUUACAGCAAAGCAACUCAAACUAUGGGGCAGCAAACAUGGUCAUGCUUUUACACACGCUCGCCCUUCUUCAUACUCAUCUGAUGGGAUACCCAAAGGCUCAAGAGUUUGCUCAAGACGCUCUCACUUGUGCCAAAGAGAAUGAGCUGGUCAUAGACGUGUCAGAAGUGGAGAACCUCAACAGUUUCAUCUCUGCAAAAGCAUAAAUAUCAAGGAACUGAAGAUUUCAUUUUAUAUCCUCGAUCAGAUUCAUUAUAAUCAUGCCAUCGAAGCAAAAGCUCAAAAAAAGUUCAGCCUAAACGAGCGUUCUUUGAUUGAGAACGGCUAAAAAUUUUUAGAUGAGCGAGGUUUUAUUUUGGAUUUAUUGUAAAAAUGUUCCUUUUUUAUGGUAAUAUUGAGUGGUGUCUAGAAGAAGCCUGAUAAAUAUUCCAAUACGAGAACUUCGUCAAUCAAAGUUCAUUGUGAUACGAUUUUUAGACCAACUUGUAAAUACAUGAUGUAAAUUGUAAAUUAUUUUUCAUUACGUAGAAUUUAGGAAA